AUCAGCUUUUAAUUUAUGUUGUUCAGGGGAUUUCUGCACUUCUUCAAGGCAUUCCACUUUGUGGUGGUUCUAUUGUGUUCUCUUUUCACCCUCAUAACAUAUGAGGUAUCUCUUAGUAAUGGAGCACGGAAUCAGAUGGAAUUUGAAGCAUGCCGGUCCUACAAAGGCAAUUCUGAUGAAAAUUUUCCAGAUUUAUUUGAUGAUCAUAGUAAGUCAAUUGAAUCAAAACAAUUGGGACAGCAACAUGGUAUGGACAAUGUAUGUCCUCAUUCGAAUUCAUUCUGUUUCCCAUCAACAUUGGCUGGGUUUUUAUGUGAAAAAAAUGAUGCAGAAUUUGAAGUAUUAGAUGCUUCUAGGGUUUACACCGAUGUUAGAUUAUCUGCUGGACUGAACCAAGUGAAAAAUAUCCUCAGUCAGUCAUCAGACAGUGGCACAUUCAGGUUAUUGGGUGGAAGGACUGUUUCGUGUUCUUUGUACCACCAAGAGAGUUAUAAUGAAUUGCCAUGUCUUAACUCUUGGAAUGAUCAAGAAAAUGAUGUCACUUCUCGUAUAAACCAAUUACUUGCCCACGAAACCCGAAAUUUGAAAUUGACUGGGAAUAUUGAAACAGUCAAAUCUGGCUUUUUGGACAGCUUUUCAACACCACAUGUGGAAAUUAAACCUUCUCUGCUGGACUGGGGACAGAAGUACUUGUAUUUUCCUUCCUUAGCUUUUUUAACAGUGAAGAACAUUGGCAGAGACAACAUUUUGAAUGUCUACGAGCCUUAUAGUAGCAACUCACAGUUUUAUUCGUGCAAUGUUAGUGAAAUUUUGCUGUCUCCUGGGGAAGUUGCAUCAGUGUGUUUCGUUUUUUUGCCAACAAAGUUAGGUUCGUCCUCAACGCAAUUAGUUUUGCAGACAAGCUUUGGUGGUUUCUUGAUUCCAGCUAUAGGGUUUGCUGUUGAGUCCCCUUAUGGUGUAAAGCCUUUAAUUGGUCUUGGUCUUUCCUCCAGCGGAAGGUGGAGAAAGAAUUUGUCUUUGUUUAAUCCUUUUGAUGAAGCCCUCUAUGUGGAGGAAGUAGCUGCUUGGCUAUCAAUUUCUUCUGGAAAUACUUCCCGCUCGUCAAAAGCAAUAUGUAGAAGUAUUGAAGAAUCUAGUGAGAACCAUAUGCUGAGUGCUAAAGAAUGGUUGGAUGCUGAAAAUGGUGAAGUUGGUCUACCACAAAUUGCCAUGAGGCCACAUAAAAAUUGGGAGAUUCGCCCUCAAAAAACAGAGACUAUUAUGGAGUUAGAUCUGUCGUUCCAUUUUGAAGGAAAAGUUUUUGGUGCAAUCUGUAUGCAGUUACUGAGAUCUUCAAAAAAUAAGACCGAUACAAUAAUUGUUCCUCUUGAAGCACAACUGAAUGUGAAUUCAGGUUAUGGUGAACCUAUUCGUCCUGUUUCAGUAGCUCUGGAAGCCAUAAUGCCAUGUCUUGUUUUGCUUUCAGUGAGAAAUGAUUCUCCUUAUGUACUGAGUGUUACUAAAGUCACCGAAGUCGGGGAAAAUACUGCCAAUUUUCAUAUUAAAUACAUGGAAGGUCUUGUACUUUUUCCUGAUACUGUUACACAAGUUGCUGUUAUUGUUUACAGUCCCUUAGAAACUCCCAAAGUAAACAUGAACUGCAAAUUGGUCAUACUAAUAAAUGACACAAGUUCUCAGAUUGAAAUUCCCUGUGAAGAUGUAAUCAAUAUUGGUCCACAACAUGAACUAUAUUCUUCUAUUGAAUAUAGACAGCAGUCCAGAGAUGUAGAACAUAACAAUGCGCAUAUGUCUUUAAGCAGCAGCAUGCAGCUUCCAUCAGAGAUGAAGGCAGUGGAUGCAAGAGAAGCAGAGGAGCUGGUACUCAGAAACUGGAAGUCUCAUGCGGCCACAAAUUUCAUGUCUGUUCUUGAUGAAAAUGAAGUACUUUUCCCUAUGGUUCAAGUUGGAAGUCAUUGGUCUCAGUGGAUAUCUGUCAAGAACCCAAGCCAAGAAUCGAUUGUGAUGCAGCUUGUUCUUAAUUCUGGAGAAAUUAUUGAUGAGUGCAGGACAUCUGACACUCUUCUGCAACUGUCUUCAUCCAAUAGUUUGGUGGGUAAUAAAUCAAUUGCUCAUACAAGGUAUGGUUUCUCAAUAGCAGAGAGUGCAGUGACAGAAGCUUUUGUUCAUCCUUAUGGCAAAGCGUCCAUUGGCCCAAUUCUCUUUCGUCCCUCUAAUCGAUGUGAUUGGAAAAGUUCAGUUCUGAUAAGGAACAAUCUCUCUGGUGUGGAGUGGCUAUCUUUGCGUGGAUUUGGGGGGUUAGUUUCCUUGGUCUUGUUUGAGGAGGCUAUUCCUGUGCAAGGUUUAGAAUUUAAGUUAAACUUGCCAACUCCACUUAGUUUUUUGUCUCCAGACAUGUCACAUUACAUGGAAGAAAAAAGUCUCGACUGCUCCGUGCCUUUGAUAAAAGAGCUGUACGCAAAGAACACAGGAGACCUUCCUUUAGAGGUAAAGCGAAUUGAAGUUUCUGGAGCUAAAUGUGGUAUGGAUGGUUUUCUAGUAAAUACUUGUAAGGGUUUUUCUCUUCUGCCUGGGGAAUCUAUAAAGCUUAAGAUAUCAUAUCAGACUGAUUUCUCUACAGCUACAAUACAGAGGGAUCUUCAACUGGUUCUGGCAUCAGGGAUUUUUGUGAUUCCUAUGAAAGCUUGUAUUCCCAUGUCUGUGCUCAACUUCUGCAAAAGAUCUACAUUCUGGAUUCGAGUUAAGAGAUCCAUGGUUGCGAUUCUUUUUUCCAUUUUCAUAUUGUUACUGCUGCUCUGUUUCUUGUUUCCCCACGUAAUGGCCUUUGGCUUUCAAGAAUACUUGUUUAAGAGUGGGAAAAGCUCCAUCUCCACUGUGAGCUUUGCAGAAAAAUGUUCUAAUGUGCAUCACAAUCCCAAAAACCAUAGCAAGUAUCCCAUAUCCCCAAAAAUGAGUGGCUUGAUUAGUUCAAAUGGGAAAGAGGAUACCUUGCUAGAAUCUGAUGGUCAAGCUGGUGCUCGGAAACAUGUAAAUCUAUCCAUGGGAUAUCAAAAGCAACACAACACUCAGUUGAAUACUCAACAAGAAGCCAUAUCAUCACACUCUUCACUUUCAAAACCUGUAUCAGUUGAAUCCCCUGAUAUUCAAGAUGCAUCAAAAGCUAGAAUACUGACAGUUAAAAUUGGAAAGGGGAAGGGAAGAAGGCGACGGAAGAAUAAGAGUUCCAAUACAGCACUAAGUGGACUUUUUGAAGUUUCAAGCAGUCAGAGUGGAAAUUCUACACCGACCUCACCCUUUUCACCUGUCACAUCUGUGGAAGCCAAACAUACAUUCACCCAGGUAGCUGAUCAGCAAUGUGAUAAAAGCACAUUUACAGAACCUCGCUUAAAGGUAAAUGCACUGGGGCCUGAUCUUUCUUUGAAUCUUAGCAACAGUAACUGGCUCUUUUGUGCUCAAGAGAAGCCAAGUUUAGCAAGAAAAGUGGCUGGCAGAGCUGUUUUGUUGCCUUCUGCAACCUUUCCUAUUGCUGGAAGGGCUUCCCCACAUUUGACACGUCAAUCUCCCAUUUUGGCUUCGACAUCUACAAUUGCUUCACAUGCGCGGGCUCCUGGUUCCAAACUUCAUGAUAAAAAACCGGAUAAAGUUGAGCAGAAGAUUGGAAUUGAGGAAAAUUAUACUUACGAUAUAUGGGGAGAUCAUCUUUUUGGACUUCCUUUGACUGGCAGGUCAAAGGAGGACUCUAGUAUGUCACCUCAUGCCACAGAGAGCAGCUCCGAGAGCUUCUUUAUGAGUGGCCCCCAAACCCUGAUAACAAACUCUCAACUACAACCUGAGUCAUGUAGAUAGGAGAAGAGAGUGCCGGUGGUGCCAGUCGACGCACAUUCAGAAAUAGCCAGCAAAUGAGGAAAAGUGAAAGCACAACAUUGAUUCCUAAAUUGGGAUUUUGAGGGGACCAUCUUCGUUUCUUCCCCACAGAAGCUGGCAAAGACAAAAUUGCAGGUUCGAAAAUGAUAUGACUAUCCUCACAAAAGGAUGAACUCUCAAUCAUUUAUUCUUGUUGUCUCAGUGCAUACGUGUGUGGCCAUUUUCUCUUAUCCUAUUCUUUGGCUUCUAGAAUUACAUAGGUAAAAACUGUGUAACAACAAUAUGACAGCAAAUGACAGGGACUGUUCUAUUUGUGGUCUCAUCUUUACGGGACCUUAAUGACACAACAUUGAUGUCACACACUUCUUGAAAGUGGAAUUCGCGAAAAACCAAUGUGGGCGUACUCCUGGAACCAUCUUUCCGGUGGCUCAUCCAAAGAACGAGUAUUGAUAUUCAAUUAUAUUUGAGUAAACAACUUUCCAUUGUAAAAAGAAAUAGUCACUAGUACUCUGCUUCUCUCGCUCAUGGGUUGGUUGCGAUAUAUAAACUCGGAUUUUCCCAGGACAAUCAUUUUUCUCCGAUACAUGAGCUGGCUAAGACAAAUGGCAGCGUCGAAAAUGAUAGGAUAAUUAAUUGGCUUCUGAAUUGCAAAGAGUAACAUGUUUUUGUCUCCAAUGUUAAUUAAAAUCACAAUGUCACAGCAAAUGUGGACAGGGAUCGGUUUAUCUAUGGUCCCUAAUAACGAAAUUGAUAUUAGAAGAGGAAAUUGCGGAAAAUUAAUGGCUUUGUACCAAGCACUACAAUGUGAUAGAGGGUGUCAUGAUCAUUUGAGAAGUACGUGGUGAUGAGUUGGGAUUUGAAUUGUCAUUGCACGUGUUUGUGUUAAGAGGUAUGUAGUACUUCUGACAAGUUGGUGAGCUUUGAGGUUAAGCAGUUUUCUUAUAUUUUGAAGUUAGUUGGCAAGAUUAUUCAAUGUUUGAGACUUCCUCUACAAGGUUCGACCGAAAUGAAAAUUGAGAAUUUUGUGGUUAAAAAAAUGUCGAAUCUCAGUUGAAUCAUAUUUUAUCAGGACUCGUCGACGUAAGUUCCUUGGCUUGCAAGCGUGAGAAGGGCAAACGAUCAAGGGCGAGGGA